AUGUAUCCAUCUGAAGAUAAACUCAGGCCAAUUUCUCUUCUACCUAAUCUAGGGAAGUGGUUUGAACGCUGUAUACAUGAACAAAUACAAGCAUGGUGUAAAGAUAAAGGGAUAUAUACUGAUGAACAAUCAGGUUUCACACCAAAUAGACAUUUACAAUCUCGCAUUCUAUCAAUAUGUGAAGACUUACGACUAACUGUAGCAGCGAAUAAUCGCCCCGCGUUAUUAAUAUUUGUUGAUUUUCUCUCCGCAUUCGACAACAUGUGGUUUCCUGCCUUGAUAGCAAAUUUAGUUGAAUUAGAUAUGCCAUUACCAUUGAUAAAAUGGAUUUAUCAAUGGCUUCAAGAAAGAACUAUGAGUAUACAUCAUGGAUAUUCACAAUCGAAAAUAGUAAAACUACAUGUAGGUGCCCCGCAAGUUAAUAUUCCUGCUAAUGCUAAAUGGAAACAGAACGGAGCGACUAUUGCUGGAGGUCACGGGAGAGGGAACGCCACUAAUCAACUCAACGAACCUCAUGGUCUCUUCGUUGAUGAUGAUCAAACAGUGGUUAUUGCUGAGUUCAAGAAUCAUCGUAUCAUGCAAUGGAAGAACGGUGAUACAACGAAUGGACAAGUUGUUGCUGGCGGUAAAGACAAAGGAAAGGAAUUACAUCAAUUGGAUCUUCCAACUGAUGUAUUAAUUGACAAAGAGACGGAUACUCUCAUUAUUUGUGAUUAUGGGAAUCGACGAGUUGUACAAUGGUCUCGUCAUAGUAGUACAACACAAGGUGAAAUACUCAUUGACAACAUCAUCUGCUGGGGAUUAGCAAUGGAGGAGCAGAGAUAUCUCUACAUAUCUGACAUAGAAAAACAUGGAGUAAGACGAUAUCAAUUGGGUGAGAAGAAUGGCACUCUUGUAGCUGGUGGUAAUGGUAAAAGUGAUGGACUCAAUCAACUUAUCGAGCCGAAAUAUCUUUUUGUCGAUCGGCAACAAAAUGUCUACAUAUCAGACAGAGAUAAUCAUCGUCUGAUGAAAUGGACUAAAGGUGCAACAGAAGGUAUUGUAGUUGCUGGAGGACAAGGCCAAGGGAGUGCUUUGACACAAUUAUAUUGGCCUGAAGGAAUCUUUGUUGAUACGUUGGGCACACUCUAUGUAGCAGACCGGGGGAAUCAUCGUUUAAUGCGUUGGAUUCAAGAAGACAAGAAACAAGGCACUGUAAUUGUGGAUGGAAAUGGUCCAGGAGCAGGAGCAAAUCAGUUCAGCAACCCCGUUGGUUUGUCGUUCGAUCGACAUGGUAAUCUCUAUGUCGCCGAUCGUGAUAAUUAUCGUGUUCAACGAUUUUCUAUCGAAUAA